AUGACAUUUAGCCAAAAUGCUAAUGCUACUCCUACCCGAUUACAUCUGCUUGAGCACAAGAGCAACUAUCAGUAUCAUCAUUCAACCAUGAACGGAUACAUCCUCUCAUUCUUUGCCAUUGUGGCAGUAGCAAGUGCUGGAUUGCUACCGAACGAGCCAGUGCCAAUUCUGUCCCAGGAUCUUGACGUCAGUUUUGACGGUACAUUCCGCAACUCCUACGAGACUGGAAAUGGUAUUCUAGUUCAGGAGCAGGGAUAUCACCAGCCUGGAGCUAAUCCAGAGGAGGGAAUCAAUGUGAUUCAGGGUAGUGUACAGUGGACAGCACCAGACGGUAGCCGACACUCACGUGGUUGGACUGCUGAUCAGAAUGGUGCACAGUAUCAAGGAUCUGAUUUGCCAGAGGCACCACCAGUACCACCAGCGAUCCAGAGAGCAUUGGAAUACAUCGCAGCUCAUCCACAGGAGAAUGAUGGACAAGUUCGUCCAGUUGGUCGCAGAUUCUAAGAUCGUCAGCUGUGAUGAUGAUAUCAAACUAGUUGUUUUGUUGUUUUGUAGUCUAUUGUAGAAACUCGUCUGUUUCCUACUGCCAUUCAAAUAAAUUACCUCAGUGUCAUUGAGAUCAGUUCA